AUGAUCUCGGAGAGUCUCACCAAGGCCUCUGAGGCCUUGGAUCAUUUCAGCAAGCUCUCUGCUGCAUCUUAUGUGGCUCUCCUGGUUUCACUAGUGUUUACCAUUCUGAUUCUCAAUUAUUGGACUAGAGAUGAACGCCUUGAUAAGUUACCACCUGGACCUCGUGGAUGGCCUAUACUGGGAAACAUGCUAGACCUGAGAGACGCCGAUAAGAUUCCCAAAGUCGCAUUAGAAUGGGCUCAGGAAUAUGGCGAAAUUGUUUACACUUAA